AUGUCUAGUAUUCCACGCUGGUUCUUCAAUCCAGGACAAUCAAAAUGUGAGCCAUUUUAUUGGUCUGGAUGCUGUGCUAAUUCAAACAAUUUUGCUAGCCAGGAAUUGUGUCAAAAUACAUGCGAAGGUUGUUUUAGCUUAUUAAAAAUGACCCUUGAUUCGGGUACACCCCAACUCUCCCUGGACUCCCUGGUAUGGUUCAAUUCGGCUCGCCGAGGCGCAUCGAAUCAAACCAAGGCGUACCAAAUUCGACAAUCCUGA